GAAAGCGAGAGGAAGCGACUGUGAUGUUCCACGCUGGAUGCUGACUGUUUUCAUUUCGCUGUCGGCAAGGAAGGUGAAACUGGAACCCUCGCUGCGGCAGUGUGAAUGGGCAGAAGCAGCUGAUCUCACGAGAUUCUAAGCUGACGAUUGAUCGUCGUUCUGACACCGUGGGAAGGCUGACGAGGAGGUGGAAGGAACUUUCAGGAGAAUUGAGAGCUAUAAGGAGAGGAGAAGCAGAAGGUGAUAGCUGGAGCAUGGCCCCUCGUAAGAACAACAACCACGGCGGGACCGGAGGCGGCGCCGGCGACUUGCAGGGGCUGAACGGCAUCGACCCAGAGACCAUCGAAAACCACGACGCCAAUGUGACGCGCUGCUGUGUCCCCACCGGCGAGUGUCUAAGGGCCACCGCCACCAACAACAACGACAGUUCCAUCAAUUUGGAAGACUUGCGGGACUGCGUAAAGGUCACUUGUAACAAUGACCACUGCACAGUGGGCCAGUACAUGCACCGCGAAUGCUUUGACGCUUGGGAGCAGACGGUGCUGACGUACCUGAAGACGUGCGGGCGAGCGCGUUCCUGGUCGGAAAGACAGCGCCACCAGAACCUGUGGACCAAGAAGGGGUACGAUCUGGCCUUCAAGGCGUGCGGCUGCCUCUGCGGCCGCGGCCAUCUGAAGAAGGACCUCGAUUGGUCCCCGCCCAUGCCAAACAACGCCGGCUGCCAAGACGACUUCGAAAAGAAGAAAAAACGACGCAACCGCCAGAACACCCGCCCCUCCCUGGCGUCCUCUGCCAAUGGACACCAUCUACACGGCAACAUAAAUCUCAAUAACAAUAAUAACAACAACAAUAAUGUAAGAGGAGGCGCCGGCAGCGACGCCCAGAACAUCGGCACCGUUCACCACGGUGAACCUCGGGGCAGGACUGGGUCGCUUUCUUCCAGCACUGGCUCCUCGUCGCCACCGACCUCCAGCGAGACGUCCGUCUCACCCGCCCACAUCGGGCACGGCAGCUCCGGACAUGGCGGUGGCAAGAAGAAGUCGAAGUUCGAGUUCUUCUCUGACAGGACCAGGGCGGGUGCCGGCGGCAAUGGCAUCUUCUCCAGGCGUCAAGAUUUUAGCUCCUUCAACUCACUGCCACGCCACAAACUCAACUCCUACCACAUCAAGAUGGAGGACGAGGGCAACCAUGGCAACGACGAGACGCGCUGCUUCAUCCUGUCGACGCUGGCGGCGCUGCACACGUCCCGCGUGUGCUGCAUCUUGUGCCAGGCGUCUCUGCCCGUGUUCGACCGCUACCCCCUCAUCGACGGUACCUUCUUCCUCAGCCCGCGGCAGCACGCCAGGUUCUGCAUACAGGUGAAGGUGGAGGGCCGCACGCAGUACCUGUCGGCGGUGUGCAUGGCAUGUCUCGAGGGCUGGGGUCCCGGACGCGGCAUCCGUUGCCGCUUCUGCGGCACCGCCUGGGACGGCUCCUCGCUCGUGCUGGGCACCAUGUACUCUUACGACAUUUUCGCCGCCAUGCACUGCUGCAUCGAGCGCUCCAAGUGCAACAACUGCCAGAAGCCAAUGCUGCAUCCUCACCAACGGCUCAACUUCUACUCUGACUACAGCCACUCCGUGCCAUGCCCACAUUGCAGGACAGUGGAUGCACAUUUUGUGAAGCCACUGGCCUACUGUUAUGCCCGAAACGUGCCACAGCAGCCAUGGUCUUAACAGUGCCCGCAACAUAGGAACUCACGAUUACCGUCUGCCCUCCUGCCACAAGUGGGGCUGGGCUACUACUGGGGCUGUUAUGCGACUUGGAAACUAAUGAUGUUGAAGAAAGAGAGAGCAUUUUAAUAGAUGUUAUUGAAGUGUAACGGAGUCUAUGUUUCAUUUAAUAAUGAGGAAAAUUUUUUGAUAAUUGUAUUCCAGAAUUAGAGUUUUAUGUGGAUUUUUCUGUGGCAACAUUGUGUAGAAUGCCAGUGCCAAGAAAAAGAUUAAGUUUUGUGUUGCAGAAAUAUCAGUAUCAUUGUUCUUGUGCUCUCGAAAUUGCCCCAGUAGAAGACUUUUGAAAUUAAUAUUUUUUGGCAGUCCUCACUUCUUUUGUCAUUUUGUGGCAUGAAUAACGCCUACAACUUCUGUUUGUACUGAAGGUCAGUCUCUUAUUAUUUUCUGACAUGUAGUGUUUGUGAGAUGCUUCUCCUUGUUUGAAAUUUUAUGAUAGGUAGUAAAUUUGCAUUCUACUGCCGUGUUGUGUAGUUUAGUGCCAGAUGUUUGUCGUUUUCUCUAUGUAACUGUAUAUUUAUCUCAUGGUAGAUGUAUAUUUUAAUGUCAAAAAUGACGUGUCAAAGUGAGGUAACUUGCGAAACGUUCUUAUUUUCAAAAGAUCUUUAUAUAUGAAAAAAAUUAUGAACUGAAACACCUUGGUAUGUUUGCAGUGUGUUGUAAAGUUACCGCUUUUGGAGAGGUAUAUGCUAAAUGGUUUUUCCUCAUAGUGAUUUUCUUAUUGAAAGUGGGUUUGAUUAACAUUAAGUACAAAUAUUGGACUUUGGGAUUUAUUAGCAAAUAUUAGCAUUGGUGGAGCAAAGCACAAAUUUUAAAUAAUGUAUUUCCUCUGACAUAUGCGUACCAUGUGGAAAAUUUUCGGCUGCUAAUUUGUAGGUAUGCCUUGCUUAUUUAGUAAUGACAUUUUUUUGUUAUUUCAGAGAAGUUGUUAAGUUGGUACUUGUAGAGUUACAAUUUAAAUAAAAGUAAAUUAGUCUGUAAUUGACCUGCCAUGUAUUUGUUGACUGCUUUAUUCUAGAACCAAUGCUGGUAUUAUUUGUCCCACUGCUAUAGUAAGUCUGGUAACUGUAAGUUCAUGUAGAGAUAAGACUGCUUAAUUUUAUAUGUUUUAUAUCAAUGUUUCUGUUUUCUUGUAAAUGAAAGAAAUCAUACACACUGGUAUGAAUGUCAGUUUUUGUGUUGAAAUUUAGCUCACAUCCGCAUUUGAUGGAAGUACUUUGAAUGAAGAGAACGUUUUAUUAACUACACACAUAAAUUUUGUGACUAUUGUUUAUAUUUCAAUUGUAAAUGUCAGCAGAUGAAAGUUUAUAUGUCUGUAUCUAUGUAUAAAUAAACAAAAUGAAGAGGAGAGUGUAAGACGUAGACUGUAAUAAAUUUUCUAUGUGGUAAGAUUUCAUCAGUUAGAACAACUUCCUAAUUGUUAAUUACUAAUGCUAGGUUUAAGAGAAUGUACCACUGAAAUUUUCUGCUAAACAAGAAAACUUUGCUAACCAGUUUUCAUCUUGCUCAGAAAUCAUGUAAUCUACCAAAGCUGCCAGUGGACAGCUAUUGCCAUUCUUAAAUGACUCCACUUUAGACUGUGUAAAAUACACCGCCCCCAUAUUGCUCAUGUGGAGAAUUCCAUGAAACAGAAUAUUUUGGUCUUGCAUUGACCUCAUAAGAUGCCCCUUUUGUGCCAAGCUGUGGCAGUUGUCGGGAAAUUUGUGUACAUUUUACAAACAAUUAGGUACAGAAAUAGACUAUUUAUUUCUUGUGCAAUAGUUAGGUAAAGGUAUGCUAUCACAUGCUUCAUUAUACGGUGACUAUUCUGUAUAUGUAACAACCCUCACUCAAAAACCCCAUCAAAAUUUCAAUUUGAAUUUUUCUAUAGAAUUGACUGCCUAAAUUUUAAAACAGAGUUUUGAUUUUUUUUGCCCUGUCUGGGAACUGAAUUAGCUGUGAUAUAUUUGUAUCUAAUAUUUACCAAAAUAUUUUGAAUUCCUUCUUCCCACAUCAGAUAUAUUAUUGAUAGUUUUUCCUUCUUGCAGGAAAAAGCUGUUUUAGUACCUUAAGUCCAUGUGUUGUACUCCUGGUAGAAAAAAACUGACAGUGGGGAUUGUAUGAGCUUAUACAGAAUUGGGAAGAACAAACACAAAAUUAAAGAUAAUCUUGUUUAAGUCAUACAGGCAUGAUUUGUUAAAUAAGUCUUUGUGUUUUAUGUGAAAUCAGUUACAUGGUUAUAGUAGCGUCAGGACAUAUAUUAGAGAUGUAAAAAAAUUGCUUGCUAGUUAACAAAUCAUCACUUUACACUUUUAUUCUACAAUGUUGCAUAACUAUAUAGUGAUUCGAAUUUGAUGUUCUAAAUGAGAACGAAGUUGCUUCUUCUAGCAAGUGUACAUUGAACAGUUUUAUAUUAAAUUAAUAUUCUGAAGUUUUGCUUUAGUGUGCGUGAUGCUAGAUAUUCCCUAUUUGACUGGUGGGUUGUACACAAAAACACAAAUUCCCAGCUAUAGUAUGUAAUUAGCCAUUAGGAUGCUGUUUUGGUACCUUAAAAAGUAGUUCACUACAUUAAAUAACCCUGAAAAUAUAGUAUAAAUAUGAAACAGGUACAAAAAAAUAAGAAGCCUUCAAGUGAAAACAUAUGUACAAAUACAUUUCACCUCAAAUUGGAGCGAGUGCAGAAUGGGAUGUGUGUUUUUUGUGUUGUCUCUUGUAAGUAGAGUAUACCAUAUAUUUACUGUUUCCUCUCAAAACCAUACACUUUCCACAGUUUGGACAAAUCAAUAUUUUUGUCAGAUAUGGAAGUAACAUGUCCACUUUCAUCAAUGAUGGAACAUGAUAACAUUAUGCCAAUAACAGAUUUUUCUGCCAUCAGGUUAGUCAAUUUCUUUCUUUGUUGGUUGGUGUGGUAGAUUUCACUAUACCUACAAAAGUAUUGUGUUGUGUUUCUUUUCUGGUGGUGUAUGAUUCUCUAAAUGCAGUGUGUAUACAAUAAGCUGCCAUACUUUCGUAAGCCAUGAGUUGUUUUCUUUGGGUAAUUAAUGUAUCAUGUUCAUACACUAAUUUAUUUCAUUCUGAAAUGUAAAUUGUCAUUCUUUUUAUGCAAGUAAUGUGAUGUAAUGUGAAUGUGUGUUUGAGUAACUUUAUCAUAAAUUUUCCAAAACAUGGAAUCAGAAUUGUGAAGAGAUUGAUAUUGAUAGAAGUAUGAAGCUGUGGUAGCCCCAAUUUAUUAUAUAACUAAAUGAAAUACCAUAGGCAAGGCCUAAUUUACUAGAAGGAUUUAUAUCUGUAGAACUGGUGGUAUACUUAAUUUAUUGGCUAAACUGCUUUUUAGAAAAAUAAUAGUCCUUAUAUAAUGCUCUUUCCUAUAUGUUGUUGAUGGAGGCAAUGUUGGGAGUUGUUAUAGUCAAGCAAAUUAUAUUAUGUUGGUUGACAAUUUACAGAUAUUGAUGAUAGGUUUGCUAAGUUUUCCCUUCAUGCACUACCGUGUUUCACUAGACGUAGGUUGAGUGUAAAGAUGUGUAAAGAUGUUUGCAAUUUUGGCCAUUUCGUGAAGCAUCCAACUAUGUUAGGAAGCUGGUGGAGUGGACCAAUAAGCAGAUUGAGAGGCAGUUAGGAGUGCGAUGUGCUGGUUAAAAUGUGGCUUGCCACUUAUAAAUAGUAGAUUGGUAAUAAACUAAGAUUGAGGAAUAGUAGAAAGUAAUGUGUAACAAUGGGAACUUUUUUUUACUCUUUGGUAUUAUGCUUUUUAAUAUUUUUUACAUUGGCAUUGUACAUGUUGGUCAGACACCCAUCUCUUUAGAUAUUUGCAUUUUGUAAUGACAAGAGCAUCUAUUGUACUGUACAGUAAAUUAAGUGCGAAAAUGACUUUUAUGUGCUAUCAAAACACAGUAACUACCAUAAAUAUACAACACAUCGUUUGUGUGGGGAAUAUAUGAGGGAAACACAUACUUCUCAUAUGUUGAUACUGGUUUUGACAGCAGAAGGUUUUUUGGAUGGAGAAAUGAACAGUGUCUGAUAGUCUGUAUCCAACUAAAAUUGUUCUUUUAUCAGGGCUUUUCAUGCGACUAAUAUUCAGUGAUGCGGGGAAAAUGGAAACCCUUGCGCACAAGGGAAUGGGGCUAUAUAAAUAUGUGACUUUGUUUACUGAGUUAGUAAAAUGUUGUUCACUGGACAGAACAUUUAUGGUUUUCGAGUCUUACAUCCACAAAAUUUUGAGAGGAGCGAAGGAGUUUUCUGGACAUACAGACUUCACAAUGAAAUACAUUUUUUUACAUCUUUUGAAUUAGAGGCAUUCUAAAAUUAGUUGUUGUACAAACUUUUGGAAAUGCCAUCUAAUGGCAAAAUAUCUCUUUUGUAAAGUUGAGGUACGUUUAUAUGAGCUUGAAAGAUCUAUUACAGAUAUUUGCUGUUGAAUAUACCCAUGUAUCAGUAAGUGGGCUUUCUUUUUGCAUGAUUAGACAUUCAAACAUCAAGAUCAUGUGUGAUAAUUUGUCUUCUGAUGAUGAUUAUUGGAGUAGGUUGUGCAACAGUCUUUCUCUCAGCUCUCAGUUUCUGUAUUAGUGAUGAGUUAUAUGUUGAGCACAUUUAUAAACGGAAUGUAUUAUGUAAUUUAUUUCCCUUCAUUAAUUUUUGUGAGUUAAGAAUCUGCAUUGGAAAGAGAACGAUUCACAGUAUAUUUUCAGUAAUGGCUUCUGUGGCAGACACUGGGAAAUGAAAUUUUAAAUAAAUUUAACUGUAAGGUAAAUGAAUUGUGUGUGUACUGUGAUAGACAUGUCAGGACUUGAAAAUAUAUGUAACAUUAGGCUACUUGAUGGUUUAUAUUAAAAUUCAAAUUUCAUCUGUAAACUGCUUCCUUAUACUGACUUCAGACACUCUCCUUGUCUUCAUUUUAUUAAGAUAACGAAAUCUGAGAUGCUAUCUGUCUUCAACACAACCCAAUAAGAAAUGUCUGUGCUACAUUUAUUUUUUAUUCUUGUAUCUUUUUAGUAGAUCGUACAAUAAAAAUGUGCUUUUUUGUAAUUGUGAGUUUUAACAUUUGUUAUUGAUAUGACUGCAGAGCCAAAGAAAAUUUUCUGUGAGAGUUCCAGUCACAUGUAAAGUUAGUUCACAGAUAUUGGUAAUGAGAAAGUAGUUUUACAACCCUGGCAUUGCAUCCAUAAAUAUAUCUCUGCAGUAACAGGAAGAAUAAAGGCAGGAAUGUUUCAGAAGGCUAUUUUUAAAGUGCCUCUCAAGGGGCUUCACACACAACCUUUGAGGGCUUUCAGCAUGUCGUAUCAUGUGUUGAGAAUGUCAUAAUUUUUAUUGUACUAUGAUAAGAGUACUAAUAUUACAAAUAAUAUAAAUAUAUAUAUAUUAUGCACCACAUGUGUAAUAUGUUAAUAAUCUGUAGAAUGUAUAGUGGAUUAUUGCUGUAAGAAAUAACAUUGCAUAAGACUAUUGUGUGGUAAUUACUCAAGUGCUUUAUUAUUAUCUUUCUUAUUAUUACUGUUAUAAUUUUUGAUUGUAUGGGAAGCUUGACAGAAGUGUUCGCAACUCGUGAGCCACACAGCAAAGAGAGAGACUGAAUAUUUAAAUUGUGCUCAUGUACAUAAAGAGCUAUCAUGUUCAUUUUAAAAUUUAACUACAUUGCCUUCUCUGCUGAUUGAGCUACAUUUUUGUGAGAUUAAUGAUACAGAUAUAUUUUUGGAUAUUAAAAUUUGAGGGUCGCACUGACAA